CAGAAUUUUCGUUAACAGAUCAUUGCAUUUGGAAAAUAUUAAGUUCUAUGGAUUCGAUAUGGAUUACACACUGGCAGAAUACAAAUCGCCACAAUAUGAACAACUCGGUUUCGACCUUGUCAAGGAGCGACUUGUUAGCAUGGGUUACCCUAAGGAAAUACUACAAUUUGAAUAUGACCCUUCGUUUCCUGUACGUGGUCUCUGGUUUGAUACACUUUAUGGCAAUUUAUUGAAGGUAGACGCAUAUGGAAACAUAUUGGUUUGUGUGCAUGGAUUUGAGUUUUUGAAGCACCACCAGGUUUAUGAAUUGUAUCCAAAUAAAUUCUUGAAAUUGGAUGAAUCACGCGUUUAUGUAUUGAAUACACUAUUCAAUUUGCCGGAGACUUAUUUAUUAGCUUGCCUAGUAGACUUCUUUACAAAUAGUUCAGUUUAUGAGAGUAACUUCAAAGGAAUUUCGUUGAUAUCGUAA